UGCUACCUGUAUAUGCACUCUUGCAAGCCAAUGCGGUAUAUAUAUUCGACCAUAGGUCGAAUCGCGAGCGUUGCAACCUCGCCUCCUUGAUAGUAUCGACCGCCGUCCUGCUUUCGUGAAUGGUACCUUGCGAGAUGGUUGCGCGGCUCGGCCAGUUAGCUGGCGCGCUGGCGCUUCUGGCGACGCGCGUCGCAGCAAACUAUGUCAUUGACGGUCACGAUCUCCCAGACGACUUUGUCUUUGGUUGCGGAACCUCCGCGUACCAAAUCGAGGGUGCCACAGGGACCCAAGCAAAAGACGGUAAGGGGGUUAGCAUCUGGGACACGUUUGCGCACGGAAAAGGUCUCGGUCACAUCGCACUGGACGCGGACGGUGAUGUCGCCGUUGACUUUUACCACACGUACCCCAAGGACCUGCCGCUCUUCAAGGAGGCGUUCGGCAUGAACCAGUACGACUUCACCAUCUCCUGGACGCGCAUCCUGCCCAACGGCACCGGCCACACGGCCAACGAGCACGGUGUGGAUUUCUACCGCAACGUCGUCAAGACCGCGCACGACAACGGCAUGACGGCUGCGUGCACGAUCUACCACUGGGACCUGCCGCAAGCACUGCAGGACAAGUACGGCGGCUGGGUCGACAAGCGGGUCGUGGCUGACUUCAAGAACUACGCGGAUGUCCUCAUGGGCAGCCUCGGAGACCUGUGCGAUGACUGGAUCUCGAUGAACGAGCCGCGCACAUUCUGCACCGAGGGAUACGGCCCGGACCCAGUUUCUGCGCCGGCGCUCGCGAACGCGACAUACGAGACGCAGUACAAGUGCUACCACAAUGCGCUGCUUGCGCACUCGGAAGCACAUGACGUCUUCAAGAAGAAAAAGAAGGAAGGCAAGGUCAAGGGCAGGUUCGGCAUCAAGAUCGACGGCCAGCCCGGCGUGCCGAUGGACCCGAGAAGCGAGGCGGACAGGCUGGCGCUCGACCAGCACCACGCAUUCGAAUUCUGGGAGGUACCCCCGUUGGUGAACGGCUCGUACGGCGAAAUCUUUGCAAACUACCUUGGCGACGCACUGCCCAAGUUCACGGCGGAGGAGAGCAAGAAGCUCGCGGGCUCGUAUGACUUUGUUGCGUUCGAUGCGUACACCUCUAUCUGGGUCGGCGCGCUGGAUAGCCAAGACGAGCAUGACUGCAAGAGGAACCAGAUGUCGAACUUCUACCCGUCGUGCGUCAACGCGUCUAACUACAACAAUGACGGCUACCUCAUUGGCGUGCCCACUGAGAGCAACUGGAACUUCCGCGCCAACGACACGAUUUUCACCGGCCUGAAGUACAUGCACGAGCACGGCAUCAAGGCCUACACCGUUGGCGAGAACGGCAUGGGCAGGCGCAACGAGAGCCAGCUCUACCUCGCCGAGCGCAUCGUCGACCCGGAGCGCGUGGACUGGUACAGGUCCACGUUCAAGAACAUGAAGUGGGCGCUCGAGGCCAAAUUGCCUCUCAUUGGCUUUACUCCCUGGAGCUGCCUGGACAACCUCGAGUGGAGCGAAGGCUACGGUAUCAAGUUUGGCCUUAUCGACUCACCGUCCGGUUACAACCAGACGCGCACGCCCAAGAUGUCGGCAGCGUACAUCAAGGCUGUCAUGAGCGGCCAACAGCACUCGCAGUAUCCAUAUUUCCCCAUGUCCGGCGUUUGAUGAGGCCGCGCGGAUAGACGGACUC